UAUAUGUACGCAAUUCGAUAAGUCAAUGGAAAGUGCUCCCAAAUCAGCUGUUCCCAAACAAAGAAUCAGAACAAUUUACGUUGCGAAAAACGGCACAGAUAAAACGAACAAAGAUCAAAAUACAACAAGUACUAGUGAAAUCACAAGCAGAUAGGUACAUAAUUUGACACACACGACACUUUCCAAAAAGCACUGAGAAUAUCAGAAAUCAGUGAAUUAUGAAUUUAUCCUUCGCUGGCUGCGGUUUCCUCGGCAUUUAUCAUGUCGGUGUGGCCGUCUGUUUUAAGAAUUAUGCGCCGCAUCUAUUGCUAGAGAAAAUAGGUGGGGCAUCGGCUGGCUCGCUGGCCGCUUGCUGUCUGCUGUGCGAUCUGCCCCUGGGCAGCAUGACAUCCGACUUCUUUCGGGUGGUGAACGAAGCGCGACGCCAUUCGCUAGGCCCUUUCAGUCCGUCGUUCAACAUACAGACCUGCCUGCUCGAGGGUCUACAGAAGCAUCUGCCCGACGAUGCACACAAGCGUGUCAAUGGACGCCUACACAUCUCGCUGACAAGCGUCUUCGAUGGCCAGAACGUGAUCAUAUCGGAGUUUGAGUCGCGCGAGGAGGUUUUGCAAGCGCUGCUCUGCGCCUGUUUUAUACCUGGCUUCUCUGGCAUUUUGCCACCUCGUUUUCGUGGAGUGCGGUACAUGGACGGCGCCUUUUCGAACAAUCUACCGAUUCUGGACGAGAACACAAUCACGGUUAGUCCCUUCUGUGGCGAAAGUGAUAUCUGUCCACGCGACCAAAGCUCGCAGUUGUUUCACUUUAAUUGGGCCAACACAAGCAUUGAGAUUUCGCGGCAAAACGUCAACCGAUUUGUGCGCAUUCUGUUUCCGCCGCGACCCGAGUUCCUCUCCAAAUUCUGCCAGCAGGGCUUCGAUGAUGCACUGCAAUUUCUACAUCGCAAUAAUCUAAUCAACUGCAGACGAUGCGUUGCUGUUCAGUCGACAUUUGUUGUAUCGGAAGCAAUAGCACAGCCACCUGAAUUCGAUCCAGAGUGCCAUGAGUGUAAAAAGCAUAGAAAGGACGCUUUGAGUUCAAAUAUGCCGCAGACAGUGCUCGAUGUAAUACAGGACUACAUUGAGCAGGCAAAUAAGGGAUUAGCCAACUGGAUCUUCAGGCAUCGUGGCAUUAAAUUGCUCUCGCUGCCAGCAACAGUUCCAAUGGACUUUUUGCUGGCUACCGUAUACAAAAUCACCAGCCUGACACCAAAACUGACGAAGCAAGUGCGACAACUGGUAGCCCAGUUCAAUACUGCCAUUCAAAUGCGACUCUUUAGUAAAUUUACGCUCUACGAUCCGCCACAUUUUGAUGCCACAGGCCUGCUGCACUCCAGUCGCUUAUAUGGGCCGCGUGUUUCGAUACUCGUUGAUGAGUGUGGCGCCACACCACUGAAUGUGGAUGUUGAUAAUUUCGAACAUGUUCUGAAAAUGAGCACGCAUAAUGACGCAUUAUAUGCCUACUACUACACCGAUAAUAGCACUAAUCAGGUCAAAGUGACCGAAAUUUUUGAUUAUGAUGAAAUGACGGAAAAUGGUGAACUGGGUACAGAUUUACAGCUAUAUGAAGGCUCUGUCGAGGAUCAUCCGAAUCCUCGCCAGCCACAUUCACACAAUGCAGUCGUCAGCGAAUGGAAUGGGGUCGAGUCCGACUUUUUCAUAGACGCUCACACGCCAAAUGCGACAGAAUCGUCUCUAUCGGGAGUGCCAGAGUCGCCGUACUUCAACACCUUUAAUAUCGAACACAAUUCGGCAGAAUUUAAUGAUCCAACGACCGAUCAAAAUUCGAUCAGAACGUCGACAAAUAACAACGAUUUGUGUAUAGAAAUUGAAUGAGCGGUCCCCACAUGACACUCAGAUUCGAAUUUGUAAUGUAACAAUUCCAAAGCGGCUCCUAGCCAAGCGAAGAGCUUUGUAGCUUUCCGUUAGAUUUAAACUUUCAUAUAACCGUAGUACGAAAUCGUAUAUAUGUUUGUAUCUCUGUAAUUUUACUUUACAUAAUCUCUUGGCUUCGUCAAUUUUUGUGCUGCAGCGUGCAUAUCAUUAAACGUUGCUUUAUCCUCCUCAUGUAUUUAAAGCCUUGUAUCAAAUCCAUGUUAAAUGUUACUUAAAUAUACCAAAUAAACAAAAAUAUACAUUUUUAUUUACUAAUUUA